GUCCUGAGGGCUGGCUGGAAAUUCGAACAGGUGCUCCGUCGCUAUCAAUUUUCCCCAAGGCAGCUCAGCACCAGCCAAAGUGAAAAUUGUGCUUUUCGCGUUAAUUCAGUGCAUUGCUUGCAACUUAAUUGCGGGGAAAGUGACGACAGACAGCCAUGGUUAGCGAAAUGGAACACUUUAUCGCGUUCUGCUGCUGAUUUUCCAGCGAAAAUUGGGAAGACGUGUGACCCAAUGAAGAUGACUUGAGAUUGGCAAAUUAAACGAGGACACAAGGGAGCAUCAGGAUGGCGGAUAUUCAGCGGCAAUUCCUCUGUCCACGUCUCAUUGACUACUUGGCAAUCGUCGGAGCACGUGUUAGUGCCACUCCGCGUGCCGGAAAUGCGUCUAAUCCUCCUGUUCAGAUUCCUGAACUCCUUCGGCGAUAUCCGCCGUCGGAUCAUGCGGACUUUCCUCUGCCACUGGACAUGGUGUACUUUUGUCAGCCCGAAGGAUGCGUGAGUGUUGGGCCCCGGAGGACGGGUUCGGCAAUCAGAGAUGCCUCGUCCUUCGUCUUCAUGCUGACCGACAAGGAUUCGGGGAAGACGAGAUAUGGCAUUUGCGUGAACUUCUAUAGACCUGUGGAGAAGGCCGUACCGGCGAGCACGGCCGUCGUCACGGGAAGUCGCCGUGGAAGGAGUUCGGCAUUGAGGCGAGAAUCCUGGCGGAAAUCCAUGGAGAGGAGCUCCGAUUCGGCCUUCUCAAGUGAUCACAGAAGCAGCAAUGUGGCGCCCAGUGACUCGGAUCGGGACUGUCCAAGUCGUAGAGAUUCCGAUCCACCUCAGCACGCUCGUCUCAGUGUCACUCAUCCGGGAGCCGGUGAUUCUGAGUCCGGCGGAAGUCACUCGCCGUCGCCAAGAGCCAGUCGAAGGCGUGCGAAGGUGCGAAAUCACUCGCUUACGUCGCUUUGCUUGCUCUCCCAUCACCCUUUCUUCUCCACCUUCCGCGAAUGUCUCUUCAUCUUGAAGAAGCUAAUAGAUGCGUGCAAUGAAUCCUCGAGUCCACGUCGUGUGGGAGCGUCCAAGCAAGUUGGCAGGGACAACGUGUGGACUGUGCUCACGGGUCAAGUGACAGAGGCCACACCCUCAAUUGUGAUACACGACGUGAAGGAGAUUGAGACGUGGAUCUUGCGUCUCCUGUCCGCUCCGGUGCCUGUGCCAGGCUCCACGCGGAUAGAAGUGGAAGUCCUCUCGAAUAGCGUGCACGAGCCGCUCCUGUUCGCUCUGCCCGAUCACACGCGCUUCAAACUGGUGGACUUUCCGCUUCACCUGCCGCUCGAGCUUCUCGGGGUGGACACAUGCCUCAAAGUUCUCACGCUUAUACUGCUGGAAAACAAGGUGCUCUUCCAAUCGCGCGACUACAAUGCACUGUCGAUGAGCGUGAUGGCAUUCGUCACGAUGAUCUAUCCGCUGGAAUACAUGUUUCCAGUGAUUCCACUCCUCCCGACGUGCAUGAGUUGCGCUGAGCAGCUAUUGCUAGCACCUACGCCCUUUGUCAUUGGCAUUCCAGCGUCAUUUCUCCUGUACAAGAAGAACUUUAGGCUCCCCGAUGAUAUUUGGCUGGUUGAUUUGGAUUCGAACAAGUUAACGUCAUCCGGAGCGUGUGGUGAUGAAUUGCCACCGCUCCCAGAGCCGGAAGGGACCAUCCUGAAGAAUCACCUGAAGCAAGCUAUGCAACUGAUGGAUCAGGCAGGAUCUGGUGCACUGAGCUCAAUGUCAACAAGUGCCGUGGCGAACCAACCGCUUCUCCCUUCAAUUAGGGAUAGUUUGUCAACACCACCAGUGUUGGGGGUCUCCAUUGUGAAGACUCAGGAUCAUCCGCCUUCUGGCUCGCCAAGUGGCAGCCAGAGGAAUUCCUUCUCCGCCCCCGGAACCCACACGCCCCGACAAGCCUCUCCGAUUGCGCCGCCCACAAUCAAUCCCUUCAUCUACGUGAGCGACGUGGACUCUGUGGAUGUGGCGACGCGUGUGGCGAUGGUGAGGUUCUUCAAUUCGCAAAACACCCUGGCCAAUUUCACUGAGCACACGCGGACGCUGAGGCUGUAUCCGCGACCAGUGGUGGCAUUCCAGAUCAAUAGCUUCCUGAGAUCCAGACCGCGGGCAUCCGGAUUCUUGGGGAGAUUUGCGCGAACGCAGGCGGUGGAGUUUCUGGCGGAGUGGUCGCUCACUCCCAGCAAUGUGGCGUUCCUGCGCGUGCACACGGGUGUCUUGGAUCCUGGCCAGGUGGGGGACAAGCCCAAGUGGUUCGCCCAUGCGCUCACGCCCAUUCGGUUCUCCGUGUGGGACGAUGGGAGCUCACUGAAUGGUGCUCUGCGGAGCCUGCAGCAGAUGGAGAAUCAGCCGACGGAUGAAAGUGGAUCGGAUUCUGAGGGAGCAGAAAGUACGAGUUCCUCAUAUUCUUCUCUAAGUGAUUUUGUUUCUGAAAUGGUCUCUUCAGAUUUAUCACCCAGUCUUCAUGAUGUAUAUGGUGGGCAAUAUCAUCAGCAUCACAAUCCACAAACCAUGUCAUCAAACUUGGAUCCAAAGUUAAUCUAUAGACCGCCAAGUAAAUUGCAGUAUCCAGUUGGAAUGGAGCCAGUCAAGAUUGAUGAUGCGCGCCCAGAUUCACCACAGUCAUCGUCAUCGAGUCGAUCGGAUCUCAGUUCGCCCAGUUUCAAUAGGGAUUCGGAGUUUGAGUUUCCCGGCAAGGCGAAGAGCGAAACGCUGCUGGCGAAGGAGAAGGAAGAGGGUGGAAGUUUUGAGAAUGAGUCGGAUUCAAAUUCGACAACGACACCCAAGACAAUUGUUUCGGGUCAGAACACAUCCAAGGAGAGUCUCAUUGACUCCGAACGACGAAGUGCGACAGCAAAGUUCCAGAGGAAUAUUAUUUCUCCAAUAAGCCCAGGAUUGACACGACAGACCAGCACUGGAUCGGGAUCUCAGAGUCCUCCAAUUCAUGCUCCACCCUUGGGAUCGGCUGGUUCGCAGCGCCAGAGCAGUCAAGGAUCGCUGUUCGAGCAGUUUGCUUCGCAGGCCAAGGAACUCGUCCGUGAAACAACGCGCCAAAGCAGUCAGGAUGGACUGCUGGCUCAUGUGGACAAGCUGAAAAGUCAGACAAAGGAGAAAAUAGCAGAAGAAGAUAGAAAAAUGAUAUUAGCUCCACUGGAACAGUUGACGCUCCACGCAAAGAAGGCCGCCGGCGAGGCCUCUAAGCAGGCCAUUGAGGCCUCCAAACAGGCGGCGGGUGUGAGUAAGACGACACUGGAUGACUUGACGUACGUCGGGAAGUCCACUCUGGGCGAUCUCACGAAGACAGCCAAGGAGGCGGCAGCUAAGAAGGGUCUAAUGAAAACCACUGGGGAACUGAUGCCACCCACUCAACCCCCGAGCGUUUCUGCGUCACCAGCUACGUCUCUCGUUAGCACUCAGGGGAACAACAUGAUAGCUGGCACGGGUCGGGACUUCUUCUCAUCCUUCAGCAGCGAGAUUAACAGCUUAACGUCUUCCACAUCGACAAUGUUUUCGGGAUUAUUUGGGAAAAAUGAGAAACAAAGUGGCCAGAAGGGUGGUUCAGCCGCUAUGCAGAGUGGCAAGCCAAAAGAGAAAGUAUUGCCAUUUGAUUCAUUUCCUGGGCGGAAGGCUCUGGUCGAGCGCACACCCUUGAUUAAGCAUUCGGGGCCAAGGCAGACCCAGGAGGAGAUACAGAGGCAGCAAAAUGCAGAGAAAGCUUCUAGCAAUUCUGAGAAUCAGGCUUUCCUGAAAGAUCUCAUGAAUCAAGUGUUAGCAGGUGAGGGAGUUGGGUGGUUAAAGCUAAAUCGACUAAAGAAACUAAUGGAAGAUGAGUCGUACAGAAUGCUUGUUCUGGGAAAACUUAAUAAAACUCUGGAUAAGAAAAUUGCUCCAGAUGAUCACAUUGACGAUGUGUGCGUUCCGAAGCCUGUCUAUCGAGGCAUGCAGAAGUGUCUCCAGGCUAUAGCUCACGGGCUAGAUCACACGUAUUCGAAUUUCGGGCUGGGGGGAAUGGCUUCGGUGUUCCAAAUGAUGGAAAUAGCUCACACUCAUUUCUGGAGCAAGGAGCUCACCGAAGCUGGAGGAGAUCUGUCAGCCAGUCUCCUGUCGAGCCAGUCCGUGAGUCCCAUGGGCAGUCGUGAGAACCUUCAGUCUCCCACCGGCGAGGCGGAUUGGGCAGGAAUGCAGCCUGGCUCUCGGAAGAACUCCACAGUUGCUCCGCCUGAGCAAAUGAGGCGUCUCUCCGAGCAUGAUCCUCCAGUCCAUGCUGAACAGUCCACGACGGAGAUCUUCAAGGAUAUGCUCACUCAGAAGAGAAACAUGCUGCUUAGCAAACUGACAUCAUUCGAUUCAGAUGGCACAGUGCAUGGGUCAUCUGGGGCCCUCUCAGUGGCCAGUGAUGCUCCAAUGUUGCUGCAAGCCGGAGGGGGCCUCAUACCGUCGAUUUCAUGUCGAUCAACUGUGUCUGAUACAGAGUAUGAGAAUAAUCCCAAGCAGUCUGGUGCGAAGGAUAAGAAUCGCUCAAGCAGCAUUUGGUCAGGAAAGUCAACACUGAGUGCAGGAUUUCGCUACACUGGAGGACAAUUGCUCACUUCAAGUUCACCAUCUCCUGACGCCCCGAGAGUUUACCUGUUUGAGUGUCUCUUGGGCAAGGAGCGACUCAACUUGUGGGAUCAGAUGCAGUUCUGGGAAGACGCUUUCCUGGACGCAGUGAGUCAAGAGCGUGAUAUGAUAGGAAUGGAUCAGGGUCCUGGGGAGAUGAUGGAGAGAUACAAGUCAUUGAGUGAUUCAGAGCGAAAACGCCUCGAACACGAUGAAGAUCGCCUCCUGUCGACGAUGCUAUAUAAUUUGACGGCCGUGCUGGUGAUGUUGAAUGUGCACAAGGAGGAAAUUAAGCGGAAAGUGAGGCGACUGUUGGGAAAGAGUCACAUUGGACUGGUUUAUUCACAGGAAGUCAAUCAUCUGCUGGACCAAGUAAUGAAUUUGAAUGGGAAUGACAUUGAUUUGAAGCCCUUGGGAUCGAGACUCCUGCACCGACAGAGUUUCUCUGUGCAGCAGGGCGUUGAUGCCACGGGUCCGCUGCGUUUCAUGGAAGUCCGCGAUGAUGGGCUGGUUCUCAGGUCGGUUACGGGAACAAUAGUCGAGAGAUGGUGGUACGAGAGGCUGGUAAAUAUGACCUACUCGCCCAAGACCAAAGUCCUGUGCUUGUGGCGUCGGAAUGGUGGUCAAACUCAGUUGCACAAGUACCAUACGAGAAAAUGCAAAGAGUUGUACAAUUGCAUUAAGGAGGCAAUGGAACGCGGUGGACCGCCGGAAUCACUGCCAGAACUCGGCGGAGAGUUUCCAGUGCAGGACAUGACAACUGGUGAGGGUGGAUUACUUCAGGUGUGCCUUGAAGGUGUUGGACUUCUCUUCGCCAACAGCAAGUUUUUCGUACGUUUGGACCACAUUCGCAAGUGCUUCACGCAAAAGGGUGGCAUUUUCAUCCUCGAGGAGUACAAUCCAAAAACACGCCAAAUCAUUCAGCGCAAGUACAAAUCGUCAAUGGCUGAUCAAAUUUGCUACUCUGUGCUGUGCGUCUUCUCCUAUGUGGCUGCUGGACAGGAUCAGAAGAAGAAUCCCGCCCUCCUGGCGAAUCUGCAGCAGCAGCAAGUGAUGGUGCCUCAGCAGCAGCCGAAGCAGCCAGUGCCACAGCAGAAGCCUCAAGCACAGCCCCAAAAAGUGCAGAAAUCACCUGAGAAGCCACAACAGCCUCAAGCACAGACUCCCAAGGCACAGCAGAUCACGAUAAAACCCUUGACGCCACCGCAGAAACCCACAGUCACAACAACUGCUGUCCAGCCGCCGGCGGAGACCACCUCGCCCAAGUUUUCCUCGCCUCCGCCGGCUGUAGCUCCUCCGCCGAAGCCAAAGAGCCCACCGCAGCGUCCACCGAGUCUUCCAUCACGCAUCCUCAGCCAAUCCUCCACCCAAAGUGAGCCCCCGUCGAGCAAGCCACCCUCGAAAUUGCCCCAAAUACCGCCCAGAGUCCAAUCUCAGGGAUCCGUGGGAAUGCGCGGUCCUCCGCCGGCAAUUCCUCCGCGCACUGGCCAGCCGCCGCCGCCUCUCAUGCGUGCCGGGACUGUGCAGCAGUCCAGCACAGCUGCCAGUCGUCCGCUGAUGCGUCAAGCCUCUGCCACAUCGAUUCCCCCUCAGUGCACUCCACAGCCUCCGCCACCCUUUGUCAUCCCGCAGAGGCAUACUUCGCGCGCGGGCUCCAUCGGUCGCCAGACGUCGGUGAGCAGCAGUUCCGGCGGGGGUUCGCCGCAGACGCCCAGGAGACACUGACAGAGGGCCGAAGGGCAGUGGAUUCAGCAGCACAAGAGGAAGGGAGACUUUUGUGAUUUUAUUUGCGUGCCAUGGAUCUAAGCCUGGCCGAGGGUCUUGCGAGACUACAACAACGGACACUCCGUGAAAAUAUUCAGCAAUAAAUUCCGCUUUAUUCAGUGGCGUUAUAGCAUUAGAUAACACAAGAAAAGAAAAGAAAUCAUUUCGAUGGCGAAUCCAUAUCUCUAAUCAUUUUCCUGAAGAAAAUCAUGAUGUAGUUUUAAAGAAUUACUGUGCAAACACUUUCUAUUUAAAACAUAUCAUAAUACUUUUGCUUUGUGAUGUUGAAAAAAAGAGUUCUUUUACAACUUCAAUCCAGUGCUAGUUAUAAGUUUCCUCUGUUGUUUCUUCGUUGCCUUAUGACAAGUUCCCUGAAUGGAUUGAGAAGCAGGAGAAAAUUUAUUAGGCAAUAUUGCAUGUUUCUAAAGUGAACAACCAAUAUAUAAAUGUAUUUUUGUAAUAAGAUUAGCAAGAGAUCUCAAGUAAACUUCUUAUUUGUUGAAGAGAUGAACAGUAAGUGUUGUUGAAUUCCUUUUGAAUUUUAUAAAGUAGUUAAUGUGUAAUAAUGAGGAAUGGAUGCUUUAA